CCACCUGUGUCCAGCUCACCUGUAUUUCCAGUAUUUCAGAUCUUGGCUGGGUAGAAAUGCACCAGUGUCUAUCACAUCUCUGGUUGGUCUCUCCUGGUUUCACUGCAAAGCUUUUCCCAGACGGAAUGACCAGGAGGGAUGGUAGCAGGAUGUGCACUAUCCAGCACACAUCCUGUGAUGAACAGGGACCAUUGUGUGUCUGCUGGAUCCACAAAGCAAUGGGAACUUGCAAGACAAAUGUCAGUGUUUCUGUCCACAGGUCCUCCUCUGAGGGCAGGGGUGGCUGGGACUGCUCAGCUUCUGGUGCCCCAGGCAGGGCUCUUACAGAGUGGCUUAGGGCCAUGGGCACUGCCCAGGUGGAGGCAGCUGCCCAGGUGUUGCCUCAGCUCUGCCCACUACCCACAAAGAUCUGGCUUUAUAUCCCGUGUCCUGCUGGUGGGAUAGUUGGACUCAGCUUUGGCAGCUCGCCAGGGGACCCAGCUGUAGUGCCGGGGGACUCUGGGGCACCACAGGGUGGCAUUCCCUGCGGCUGUGUGUUUUCCCCAAGCUCUCUGUCAUGUUCUCCAUGCUGGGUGAGACUGGGAGCUCCCCCACCACAGCUUUGCUACACUGGAGACACACUGGCAGAGUGCUUUGUUUUUCAGGAAGAUGCUUUUUGACCUCCUUUGCCUAUGAUGAGGCUUCAUCCAGUAUUGUGCAUGAGCUGCAUAAAAUGGGCAUCACCCCCAUGUUCACAGGGUUGAAGACCAUUCAGGGGCUGAGGAAGGACCUUCUGUCCCAGUCUACAGCUGCAGAGGGGGUAACAAGUCCCAUUUCCUGCUUUUUACAGAGGAGUUAUUUCAACCGGGGCUGGUAAUAUCACCCGUGACAUCAGAAAUCUCAGUCACCACUGUAGCUUUCCUUGGGACAUGUGCCAGGUCACAGGCAGGGCUGGCUCAGAUGGGUAUUGCUUCUCUGCGCAGGUGUGGGGUGCUGUUGAACCUGGGACCCCUUAUCCAGUGCCUUGGCAAAUGCUUCCUGGUGACGAGUCUGUCCUGGAACUGGGCAAGGCUGGGUUGUGUUCUCUGCCACCUUUCAGGCACAUCUUGCAACCUCUCAUGCCGGGACAGAAAGUUUCCAUCUCUUCUUAAGAAACUACCUGUUCUCAUGAGGAAUGAGAGCCCAGCUGGGGCACAUGAAGUAACCCCCAGCUGCUCUGCCCCACGUCAGUUACCUCCACCAGACAGCCCAGGUAUCAUCUUGGUUGCUCACCUUGCCUGCCCAUGCAGACUUGAUGCCUCCAGAUCCUGAGCUCUCCAUGAGCUCCUGCACCUCAGAUUCUGGGCUGUGCCUGUCACCCUGCCCAUGUCUUACAUGUGUGCUGACAGGACUUGAGGGACAGCUGGGACUUUGCCUCUGCCCCAUGCAGGUAAGACCCCAUCUGGAGAACUGCAUCCAGCUCUAGGGUACCAGCACAGGAAGGACCUGGAGCUGCUGGAACAAGUCCAGAGGAGGCCACAGAGAUCCUCUGAAGACUGGAGCCCCUCUGCUCUGGAGCCAGGCUGGGAGAGCUGAGGGUGUUCACUUGGAGAAGAGAAGGCUCCAGGGACAACUCAGAGCCCCUUGCAGGGCCUAAAGGGGCUCCAGGAGAGCUGGAGAGGGACUUGGGACAAGGGAUGGAGGGACAGGACAAGGGCAGGUUGGGAUGUUGGGAAGAAGAUGGGAUAUAGUGGAGAAAUUCUUCCCUGUGAGGGUGGUGAGGGCCUGGCACAGGGUGCUCAGAGCAGCUGUGGCUGCCCCUGGAUCCCUGGACAUGUCCAAGGCCAGGAUGGACGAGGCUUGGAGUACCCUGGGAUAGUGGAAGAUGUCCGUGCACAUGGCAGGAGGUGGGAUGAGAUGAGCUUUGAGGCCUCUUGCAACCCAAACCAUUCUGUGAUCCUACAACUUCAGCCAAUCAGGUACUGGUUGAACCAUGCUUUCAGCCCCAGAUAGUUUGGUUUUGGCAGCAUUUGGCAGUGAGCUCUGCAAUUUCAUUUUAGCUUUAUUCAGGAAAAGAAACAUCUCUUUCUUUGGUUUCUUGAGUUCCUUGACAGUUCCUGGCCCUUAAGGACCUCACUUAUAGCACUUGCUCUCACUGUUUGAAGCAGCUUCUCUGACACACCUUAUGGGGUGCUUUGGAGACUGAAGAUCGUGAGGUGGGACCAGAUCUGUUGGGUAGAACUGAUUCACACAUAUAGAGUGUGUCCAGAGAAGGCAACAGUGCUGUGGAAGGGGCUGGAGCCCCAGGAGAGGCUGAGGGAGCUGGAAAGGGGCUCAGCCUGGAGAAAAGGAGGCUCAGGGGGGGACCUUGUGGCUCUGCACAACUCCUGACAGGAGGGGACAGCCAGGGGGGUCAGACUCUGCUGCCAGGGAACAGGGACAGGAGAGGGAACAGCCUCAGGCUGGGCCAGGGGAGGUUCAGGUUGGAUAUUCGGGAAUAUUUCUUCAUGGAAAGGUUUGUCCAGCUCUUAUACAGGCUUCCCAGGGCAGUGAUGGAGUCCCCAUCCCUGGAAGUGUUCAAAAAAUGUGUAGAUGUAGCAGUCGGGGACAUGGUUUAGUGGUGACCUUGGCAGUGCUGGGCUAAUGAUUUGACCUGAUGAUCUUAGAGGGGUUUUCCCACCUUAAUGAUUCUGUGAUUUUAAACUUGAAGUUCCUGAAGAACCUUUCCCUCCCAUUCACCUCCGGCUCAGCCACCCCCUAACACAUCAUCCCCCACUACCCUCCCCAGCACCCCUGAGCCUGGAUGGGGCUUGAGGAACUCACAGUGAUGGGUAAAUGCUCCAUGAACCUGGAGGCCUUGAAGAAGCAUUUCAGGUGAAGAGCACCAUCCUCUCAUGAGGCAUCCUUGUCUGUCAGGGGUCUUUGAGCAAUAUUUGUGUUGCUGCAAGUCACAGUGACGGGUACAAGCUGCUGUCACCCCCUAAAGAUGCUCUUGAGGGGAGAUGCUCUGUAACUUGUGACUUCCUUGCAACUCCACCUUGUGAUUCCUGUGUGGGCUUGGUGUUCCAAGGUGGGAAUUCUCCUUCCUCAGAUCCCCCUUCCAGGUCAGCAACGCUGUCUCCAGGGAACCAAUGGCCGCGUGGCCCUGCGCAUUAGCCUGGCCUGUCAUCUCCUUGAUUCCCUCCUGGCUAAUCCGGGCUGAGCCAGGCUGGGGUGAGCAGGACUCAGCUGCUGUCCAUGGCUGUACCCACCCCGCUGCCCCCCAGCCUGCGCCGAGGCUUGGUGGCUUUCAGUGGCUCCCUCUUCAUCAACAACAAGACGUGGGAUAGUGGCACUGCCUACACCUACCAGCCAGCUCACAAGGUGCUGUCCAGCCUGUCCCUCCAAGUGAUGCUCUACUUCAAUGUCUACUACUUCCCAGUCUGGUGCCUGGCUGAGGGGAUUAUGCUGCACCUGAAGUACCACCUGCUGCCUUGGCACUAUCAGUUCCUGCUGGUAACAGCCUUCCUCAUCCUCUCGCUGGCUGAGGGCUCCCGCCUCUACUUGGGCUACCUGGGGAACCUCCAGGAGAAGCAGGUUCUGAUCCUGCAGGUGCCUGAGCUGGCUGGGUUCCUGCUCCUCUCCUUCCUGAUCCAGCUGCCCCUCCUGCUCUUCCUGCUGAUGGACAGGCAGGUCAUCCACCUACCGCUGGAGGUGUCCGUGCACAGCUUGUUCCUAGCCUUCCUCCUCCCCGAGAUCGUGGCUGCCUUCCUGGCACUGAGGACCACGACCAAGCAGCUGGCGGCACAGUUCUACCUGCGGCAGUUCCAGGAGGGUGGGAGGGGCCAGCUGGAGCCAGGGGGCACAGGGGGACAGGCAGCCGAGAUGGGAUGAUGCUGCAUGACUCCACCCCACACAGCUGGUCCUGGCAAGGAGCAUUAAACAGUGCUUGAACCCACAGACACUGUUUCUGCGCUUUGUGGAGACCCCAGAACAGCACCCAGGCACAGCCCAGCUGAUCCCAGCCUUGCACCAGCUAGCACAGCCUGGGAAAACUGGGAGUGAGGGGUUAGCAC